GGGUCCGGCGGGCAGCCGGAGGCGCUGUCUCUGGAGGAGAUCCUCCGGCUCUACAACCAGCCCAUCAACGAGGAGCAGGCGUGGGCCGUGUGUUACCAGUGCUGCUCCUCGCUGCGCGCCCGCGCCCGCCGCGGAGAGACCCCCACCGCCAGGCUGGGGGCGGCGGCCGCGCAGCUCCGCGUUUGGAGGGACGGCGGCGUCACCCUGGAGCGGGACGAGCCCGACCGGCCGUCCCCGCCCGCCGCAGCUGGGUCUCUUGGAUAUUCACAGUGUUUCAUGAAGAAUGUUAUUGAAUCUCUAGGGAUUAUUAUAUAUAAAGCCCUGGACUAUGGUUUGAAGGAGAAUGAAGAGAGGGAAUUAAGUCCUCCACUGGAGCAGCUUAUUGACUACAUGACUAAUGCCACAGAAACAGAUGGGAGUAGGGAUGAAGGAUAUGAUGCUCUGGAUGAAGGAGUGGAGGAUGAUGAUGAUGACAAAGAGGAAGUUGAGGCCAUUCACUCCUAUAAAGAUGUCAUGAAGCUGUGUGCUGCCCACCUGCCAACCCGAUCAGAGGCACCCAACCACUAUCAAGCAGUGUGUCGGGCUCUGUUUGCCGAAACAAUGGAGCUCUACACUUUCCUGGCCAAAAUUAAAAGUGCAAAAGAGAACCUAAAGAAGAUUCAGGAAAUGGACAAAGAGGCAAGUGAUGAAUCCAGCACGGAUCUUGAUGAACUGAAAAAUGCUGACUGGGCCCGUUUUUGGGUGCAGGUGAUGAGAGAUUUACGGAAUGGUGUUAAACUUAAGAAAGUUCAAGAGCGUCAGUACAACCCACUCCCCAUAGAAUAUCAGCUCACACCCUAUGAGAUGCUGAUGGAUGAUAUUAGAUCCAAACGCUAUACCUUAAGGAAGGUCAUGGUCAACGGUGACAUCCCACCACGAUUAAAAAAGAGUGCCCAUGAAAUAAUCCUGGAUUUCAUUCGAUCACGACCUCCAUUAAAUCCUGCAUCUGCAAGGAAACUGAAACCAACCCCACCACGGCCCCGCAGCCUCCAUGAAAGGAUCCUGGAGGAGAUCAAGGCAGAGAGGAAGUUACGUCCGGUCUCUCCUGAUGAGAUAAGGCGUAGCAGGCUGGCAAUGCGGCCACUUAGCAUGUCUUACAGUUUUGACUUGUCAGAUGUACCGACACCAGAGGCUGGAAGAAAAUUAAUGGAUGCCUCUGUAGUGAACGGUGGCCCAGCAGCACAAGGAAAGCAGAAUGGGGCCACACAAGUGACAGUGCAACGCAAGAGACUCCUUAAGGCUCCCACGUUGGCUGAACUUGACAGCUCAGAUUCAGAGGAGGAAUCAGUGCACAAAUCAGGAAGUAGCAGCAGCAUCUCCCCCUCACAAGUGGAAGACCCCUCUCAAGAAGGCACCAGCAGCAGAAAGAUGCCUCCAAAGUUCUUGCCCAUAUCAUCUACGCCGCAGCCCGAGAGACGACAGCCGCCUCAGAGGAGACACUCCAUUGAAAAGGAAACACCAACCAAUGUGAGACAGUUCCUACCCCCUUCAAAACAGAGCUCCAGGUCACUUGAGGAGUUCUGUUACCCCGUGGAAUGUCUGGCUCUGACAGUGGAGGAGGUCAUGCACAUCCGUCAGGUGCUUGUGAAGGCAGAGCUGGAGAAGUACCAGCAAUAUAAAGAUGUCUACACUGCUCUCAAGAAAGGAAAGCUCUGCUUUUGCUGUCGAACAAGAAGAUUUUCUUUCUUUACCUGGUCUUAUACUUGCCAGUUCUGCAAGAGGCCUGUAUGCUCACAGUGUUGCAAAAAAAUGCGGCUGCCAUCGAAGCCAUACUCCACCCUUCCCAUCUUCUCCCUGGGACCUUCAACCUUACAAAGGGGAGAAAGCUUCAUGAGGCCAGAGAAACCCUCUACCAGUCACCACCAUUCCCUGCGGAGCAGGUGAGAGACAGCUCGGUUGACCUCAAGGUCCAAGUCUGUGGAUAAGUCACACGAAGAGUUUCCCAAAGAAUUAAUGGAGGACUGGAGCACAAUGGAGGUUUGCGUGGACUGCAAGAAGUUCAUCUCAGAAAUCAUCAACUCAAGCCGACGCAGCCUGUCUCUGGCCAACAAGCGAGCCAGGUUAAAAAGGAAAACGCAGUCGUUCUACAUGUCAUCUCCAGGAACCUCGGAGUACUGCCCCUCGGAGAGGACGAUCAAUGAGAUCUGA